ACACUUGGCUAACAUAUCAUAUCCCACAAAAAGAAAAAUCCAUCGAUCUAAUGUUUCGUUCGUCCAGAGAUAGAGCCCCGCCGCACAAACUAGCCCUAGCGUGAGAUUGAUUUCCAUAGCUAAUUUCUUCCGAUCGCUGCCUUACUCUCGCUAAUAUCCUUCUCAAUCGGCCGAUUCUUCGUCCAGAGCUAGAGCACAUACUCCGUCGCCCGAGUUCGAUCAAUUUAGUCCAUGGCACCCUUCAACAAUUCACUGAUGAACAGUUCGCCCGAGUUUAUACUAAUGAUGAUACAAAUUUCGGGUUUCAUGGCGAUUUCUCGAUUUAGCAUACAUUAAUCCGAACGAUAAUGCGCUAGCCCAGCAAUUCGUAAAUAGCAAAAGGCCCUAUAUUAGGGUGAUCGUUUAGUAAUAAUCUGAUUUAUGCAUCGAAGGUCAAUAAAAAUUUGAUUGAGGAUUAAACAAGCAAGUACGUAGUGUUGAAGUUCAGCAAAUUCCUGGGCAGCCUACUACAGGUAGGAACAUGGAAAAUAGCAAAAGAAAUACCUGGAAGAACGGAGAUGAUUCUAAUUUCAGGGUGGUUUGGGAGUUUACAGGGCGAGGCUACUCCGAAUUACACCGAUUUCAGCUCUCUCACUUAGGAAUCGGCUUGUGUCUGUUCUCUGCUUGUUGGUACGAUGGCCAGAAAGAAAUAGGGGUCAGGGGAGUCCUCAGUGAUAAUUACCAGGUCGAGGUUUGCUUCUUUAGAAGACAUGGAUGUUGAUUUCCCGAUAUUGAACUCUGCAAUAAACUGCCAGAGAAGAGAAAAAUGGAAGACCAACCUGCUAAGGGAGCUAGGAAGAUUCUGAAUUCUGAGGAAAGGACUAAGGGGGUUCAAAUUGAAACUGAAAUUGCGUUGGCUACAGCUGGGGUCUCUGCCAAUGUACCUAGAAUUGUAGGGCUGGGAAUCUUGGACAAACCUGGCAGCAGCUCAAUGAUUCCAGAACGGCUGGUUGCCAAGAAUCUGUUGGUGCUUGAGAUGCAAGACUCACGGGUGGAGCCAAAUUGGGUAACAAAACCUUGGACUACCCUAUUUUCGAUGGUGAUCGGAGAUGCUAGCAUGGAGGUCCUCCAGAAGAUGGAGUAGAGUAUCUCAGGGGUGUGAGGUGGGAAGCAGAACGUUUUGCCAAAAGUGAAGGUUUCCAAGAUUGAGCGAAGUAAGAUAAAUAAAGAACUGAGUGUUUAUAUGCCCUGUAUUCCCGAUAUUGCAACUUGCCCAGAUCACUUACUACCCCUUAAGGAGUGCGAGGAUGAGUUAUUUACUGAUUUCUCACGGUUGAGAUUGGCUUUAUCACAAAAAGAAGGCUCUGGUGUUAGCCCUAUAUCUAAUUAUAACAUUUUUUUUUUGCUUCAAUAACUUUCACGAUUGAACGAAAGGUACUCUAUAUGUUGGAACAAGUUGGGCUUGCAUGAAGCACAUUCUUGCAUGAAAUAGGUUUAUUUAACUAUCUUUGUGAAAAGAUAAGUGUUUGACUGGCUACUAUAUCUUUCGAUCAGCAUAUCAACCCUUUGUUUUUAAUACUUUUUUAGUGUUUGUGAUUUGUUAUGUCGAGUUAUGUUUUAUUACUAUUGUCAUUUUUCAGAGGUACUUAGAUUUUGAGUACAAUGUGAGACUUGCACCGAAGAUUACAGAAGAGGUACAUUGUCUGGUUUCACCCAAACAAGAGGGCAAACCUCAAGAAAAAGCCUUAUUCUCACGAAUAAGUAUGAGUGUAUAACAAGGGAUUCAGUGCAGCUGCUAAGGUUUCCUAGUGGUGUUGGCAGUAUAAGAAUGAUGACUUCAUUCUGUGUAGAAGAAAAUGUGAUGUCUACAUAUAAGAAUAAUGUGAACGCCUUGUGAAGCAUGGUGUAAAAGUUGGACUAGUCAGCGUUUACUUAUUGUGUGUUAUUCAUUUUUGGGGGGAUGCCCCUAUGAAUUAUGUACUAUGUACACUCACAUUUAUGUGAGUAUUUGAGAUAUAAAUAAAAAACUUUGAUAUUAU